AUGGAUCCCGUAGAGGCGGCAAAGCAGCUCGUGCGCAUGGUGGUGCGCAUGUUCUACGAGACGGACCACAUCGUAGUCCUCGAUGCGCUAUGCUACCAUGUUGCUAUGCCCAUGAAUGAUCUCGUGCUCAUACUUGAUGCCGGCAAGAACUCCAAACACGUGGGCAAAGUCGUGGGGAAGCUCAAGGAAGCGGGCUUGUGUUCGUCCUUCUCCCAGCAAGUCAUGCGAGAAGGAGCUACCAAACAGACCAGCCGCGAGUACUUCUACAUUGACUGGGCGCGCGCCUUUGAUGCCAUCAAGUACCGAGUCCAUAAGAUAGACGCCGCAGUCAAGAAGGAUGCGAAACCGACGACCGAGAAGACGGAGCUCAAAUGCCAGCGAUGCAAGUCACAGUAUACAACCAUGCAAGCCCUUGACCAUCCCGAUCCCGAUCCUGGCCCAGACGACAGCGGCUUUAUAUGUGCCCGCUGUGGGUUUCGGUUGGACGAGAUAGACCCCGAGAUUCAAGCAGACACGGUGGAUGAUCGACCUGCCAAAUUCAACAAGCUGUUCGGUCCAAUUCUAACCCUCAUGGCAGAAAUGGACAAGUUAAAGGUGCCAGCUGUCGAGGGCAAGGCUGCCAUUGAAGCAAGAAUUGAGAUACCUCGAGACAAGACCAUCGACCCCGGAACCAAACACGAGGUUGUCGAGACGGCCAUAUCUCGCCCAACGGCCGUCAAGGGACUGGACACGGGCCCCGAAAAGAUUAGUGUACAAAUAGGGUCGAGUGCCGAGCAAAACGAAAAGCAACGGGCAGCGGAGAAGGCUCGACAGGAGAAGAUUGCUAUGCAAAACCAGCUGCCAUCAUGGCACACGCAAUCAACAGUCACCAAGGAUGCUGCUGGCAACGCCACGACGAUCAAAGAGGAAGUCUCUGGCACUGGCGCUCCCGGUAUCAAACUGGAGCCUGGAGAGACUAAGCCCGGUAACCAGAACCUCGACGAUGUCUUUGCCCAGAUAGAAGCAGAGCGACGGCGAAAAGAAGAGGAAGAGGAUGACGACGAGGAUGAUGAUGAGGAGGACGAGUUUGAGGACGUGGCUGUGGGCACGCCAAGUGCGCUUCCCGAUGCAAAGCGUGUGAAACUGGAAUCAUCAGCUGCUCCGACCCCCUCCAAUGCUGCCACACCAGCAGCAUCCAAUGGAGCUGACGAAAGUGAAGAGGACGAAUUCGAAGAUGUGAACUGA